ACCUCAUGAUAGCUCUCAACCAGACCUGCGCCAAGGCAACCUUCGCGUUCGACUCAUCGUCCGUAUCGCUUCAAACUUAUAUCUGUGUCGAUAAGACGUCCAUCACCGCUACAAUCUUAUCUCCAUCCAGAAAAUGUAAUGGGCAACAUGGACGUCUCAUCAAAUUCGUCAGACCACGUACUUCUGCCUCAACACAGCAAGCAGCACUUCCAGUUCUUGGACCUACAUGGAGAAAUCCAAAAUAUGAUCUAUGAACACAGCUUUGAGAAAGUACGGUUGAAUGACUUCAUGGACAUAGACUGCGACUUCUGUUUGGAUCCUGCAGACCUUGGAAUAUCUGGCAUCGGUGCGGCGCCAGUGGUGUCUUACUCAGCUUGCAUCUGUAAGCAGAGGCAUCAGAAAAGAGACCAUCUCCCUCUUCUACGCGACGAGCGACUUCGACUGGCACUGGGAUCCAGAGCACGUAUACUCGAGAUCGUGUCUACGGCAUAUCGUGAUAUCGUGAUAUCGUUCCACAUGGACGAUUCAGCUGCUCGCCAUCUGUUUGUUCUAGCAGGAUCUUUGGGACCUGUUAUACUCGAGAAUGAAAUGGAUGACACAGUGCUGGUAGUAUCAGCUGGCAAUUGAUGUGAAUCUUCAAUCUGGUUCAGAGGUUGUAGUGAUGAGAUUUUUGACAACAAGUCCAACGUAUAAGAACUCACAAAUCGUUGCAGAUUAGUCAUCCUGAACUUAUUGAGUCCAUAGGCCAGGUUCCUUCCUGUUCAAGGCA